UCUGGCGAUCUGAAACCUCAAAAAGCUCUUGCUGGAGCGUCGUUCCCGCCGAUCGCCCACCAUGCCGGAGCCGCUGCACGUGACCAUCAUCCGCGUGUGUGCGUCGUUGGCUGCCUGUAUGCUGUUUGCGAGUCUGUUGCCGGAUAUUCGCGUCGUGCACCAGCAGAAAAGUACGGCCAGUAUGCCCAGCUCACUCCCAAUAUUGUCCAUGUUGGCGAACUGCGUAGGGUGGGGACUCUACGGCCUACUCAUCGGAGACUAUUUCCCUCUCGUGGUCACAAACAUCGUGGGUGUGGUACUUUCACUCUUCUACCUCGCUGUAUACUACCAUCAUGAAGCAAACAAAGGGAGAUUACUACUCGAGAUUCUAGCUACGACAUUGGUACUUGUGGGACUCGUGCUGUAUCCAUUCAUUGCGGCGUCCGAGGGAAUAGAAGAAGAAACUAUUCACGACAUUGUCGGGUUUGUAACUGUAGCCAUCUCCGCCGUCAUGUUCGGAUCGCCACUGGUUUUAGUGAAGAGAGUCAUUCAAGAACGCAACACGGAGCUACUACCGCUCACGAUGAUCGUCGCUGGCGCGGUGAAUUGUAUACUAUGGCUCACGUAUGGAUUACUAUUGGAAGACCUAUUUGUCAUUGUUCCAAACGCGGCGAAUUUGCUUCUGGGUGUCAUACAACUUGGACUAUUUUGCUGUUUCCCUCGUGGUAAAGCGUACGACACGGUGGAGUCCACCACUCCUCGCUCUAAGCUCAACGCGCCAAAGAAAGAUAAAAUGAACUCAACCGACGUCGAAAAGGAGGACGGACUAGAGAAUAGCUCCACGAUAGUCGACACUGAAGACGAACCGAGCAGCAUCGACGAAGAGAUGGAGUCAAAAGAACACGAACCUGACAAGGUGGAGACCAAGAUCGAAGUGCUCUGAAUUAACAUGAUACGUGCGUCCAUUCUGCUCGCUGUGCGGCCGAUGUGCUUGAAUCAGACACACCAGACUCUUGAUGCCAAUGCUACAAAACAGACAGAGAAACCAAUGUCGAAGCCUUUGCCAUUAAACCACUGUGUAUGCUGAAAUAUAUUCUACAUGAUGUACAAGUAACAAAAUGAAGCCGCAACUUGUCUUUCGGUAAAUAUUUGGUGUUUCGAAGUGUGAAACUCUAUAAUGCAAGGGCAACCAAACUUUUCGCACUUUGAAUGCCUGCGGUCUCUUGUUCUAAAGACUGAUAAAAAAAAAAAGAAAAAGAUGUCGCUAUUUUCGGA